GCCCCGUAUAUAAACAAGCCCCAUCGCCCUCCCACGCGCCCGACCUGUGCCUCGCCUCUGCUCUCGAUCCCUCAUCGCUGCUCUGCCAAAUCGUCGCCCGUCUCCGUUCUCGCGCAUACUCGUCGCUCCUCUGCCGCCUCUUUCAAUCACGUUUGAACACGUUCGCAACUCCGUCGCCAUGCCUCCCAAGAAGACCGAAGGCGCUGCCCCCAAGGCCAAGUCCGGCGCUGCCCACGCCAGCUACCAGGACAUGAUUACGGAUGCCAUUGUCAAUCUCAAGGAUCGCAAUGGUUCCAGCCGUCAGUCUCUGAAGAAGUAUGUCAAGGCCAACAACACCUUGAACGUGUCGGACAACAUGUUCGACUCUCUCUUCAACAAGGCCCUCAAGGCCGGUGUUGAGAAGGGCAUCUUCGCCCAGCCCAAGGGCCCCUCCGGCGGCACCAAGCUGGCCAAGAAGAAGCCCGAGCCCAAGAAGCCCGCCGCUCCCAAGAAGGAGAAGGACGCCACUGCUAAGAAGGCCACCACCACCAAGAAGGCCGCCGCCCCCAAGAAGGCUGCCAAGGAGGGUGAGAAGAAGGAAAAGAAGGAGAAGAAGGAGGGUGCCGCUACCACCACCAAGAAGGCUGCUGCCCCCAAGAAGGCUGCUGCUCCCAAGAAGGAGAAGGCCGCUGCCACCAAGGUAUGUAUUUCCCGCUCACGCUGA